AUGUGGGCCUAUAUAAUUUGGGCUCACAUUCAAACGAUUCUACGGAUUCCGAUCCUUUUCUGGCUCGACAUUUCCGGCCAGUUUCCUGGACUCUUUCGCAAAAGCCCUAUUCAAUGCUACCUGGAACUCUACCGGGAGAGAAUUCGUAACUCGACAAUUCCCCUACCGAUCAGAAAAGAAGUCCCAAAUUUUCAAGUUCUCAAUAUCGAGACUUCUGGAUUAGAGGAACUUGAAAAGUAUCUUGGCGAAAUAACCGUCCUCAACUUUGGCUCGUGCACGUGA